AAGUCGUUUACUUCGUAGUCGAACAAACCGUUUUGGUGAGGAAUUUUUUAAAAUCUUUAGUAAACAAUUAAACGUAAGUCCCAGAAUAAGUUACUUUGCCAUUCAUUACACAACGUGUUUUUGUAAGCUUUGUUUUCUGUCAAUCCGAGCAACUCCGGUGACACCGGUCAUAUAAACUGAUUAUUAACACGGGAUGCAUCCUACAACUUUCGCUAAACACCUCUAACGUUAUAUGGCCUAAAGACUAGAUUUUUAGACACAAGACAGUCGCUUUUUUUAUUUUUUUACAUUUUUUCGUACAUUCUCAGAUAUCCUAUUUAAACAAGAAGACAUCCAAGCUCAAGGUUGACGUGGAGACUCAUGGAUUCAGAGGUAUCUCUCAUGCUGCACUGUGCUCCAUUACAGGCUCUUGAAGAACAUCAAACACAUGUAGAAAUUUCAGACAGAUUCAAUCGUCAAAGCUUUCCUGAGAUUGAAGAGCACAUUGAAGCCGUUUGGAGAGACAGAGUCACUAAAGAACCGUGGCUCUUCAACGGGGCUAAAUUUAGAUUACAUUCAGCAGUGCUCUCUAUCAACCCUCACCCGACAAACAGCCCCGAAGGGUCAACAGAUGCACGCAAACAGUGCACCAGCUUGGAAAAAGGACACUUGGGAGAACAGGCUGUCCACAACCCAGUGCAUAAACACAGACCCUCAGACAAAGUUGAAAAGGAUGAGCAAUCUUAUGUCCUAAAAUUACAGUUAGGUGCGACUUGCUAUAAAGACUACAUUGGUACUAACUGGUCACAAAAGGCAGAAAAGCUCCAGACACGUGGUGAGGCCGAAUGUGCGGAUCCUCAGGCCUUCCUCGCACAGCCUCUGGGUGUGGGUGCUGUCGUGGCAACAUCAGAUGGAGAGAUUGUCCUGCUGAGGAGAAGUCAGAAAGUGGCAGAGGCAGCAGGUCUGUUAGACAUACCCGGUGGCCACCCAGAACCAAAGAUGGUGUGUCAGGGGGUCAGUGAGAAGAUGAUAAGUGUUGACCUUCUUCAGGGUAAGGAGAGGGCCAUAGUUUCAGAGAUCUUCUCCUCUGUGUGUGUUGAGAUCAGUGAUGAGGUGAACCUUCCCCUAAGUUCCCUAAGCAAACCGUUGUUGAUGGGAAUAGCACUAAACCACACAAGUGCGGGCCGACCCAGUGCUGAGUUUUAUGUUCGGUGCUCUUUGACAACAGAGGAAGUGAGAGAGUCUUACAGACGUGGUGGUCCCGAGGCCCAUGAAUCCACUGAUAUUUUAUUUCUUAGUCGUGCGGAAUUGCUACAGUUAAACGAGAGCUCCCCCCUGUGGUCACAGAUGUGUCCUUCAGCGAAGGGUGCUGUACUGUUGUAUCAGAGAGUGAUGCCUGUCACUAAAUUUACUGAUGCACAUCAAACUCUGAGGAACUGCACAGGCAGCUGUACAAAGUUAAGUGAUAACAUCACAUAAUACAG